CAGGCGGGGAGGCCUCGGGGAAGGGGGGGCCCGCUUCUCAGGCACCGAGGCUUCGACCCUUCAGGCGGGGCGAUGGACGCCUUCUGAGACUGGUUCCCCUGGCUGGGGGCGCGUUCGUGAGGCGGCGACCGACUGGACUGUCCGGGAGCCCCCGGGCCCGGCCCUCCCUCGCCCUCCUCGGCCCCUCCCACUCUCUCUGGCCCCGGAGCUGCCACCGCUCGGGAGUCCGCGCCGGUCCCUGCCGCGCGUUGCCGCCGCCCUCCGGGCCUAGCCCGCCCAGUCCGCGCAGCGGCGGCGGCGGCGGGGAGCUGGAGGCGCCGCCGCAUCCGCCGCAUCCGCUUCUCUUCGGUGCCGGCGCUUCGCCCCUCAUGACUGCGGCGCCUCUGCCGCUCCAGCCUUCCCGCCCGCGGCUUGCCGCAGGAUGGCUGCGGAUCGCGAGGCGCUAACCCCCGUGGCUCAGCUCCUCGAUAGCCCGCCGCCGAGCCCGCCUUGUGAGCCCAAGCAGCAGCCGCCGCAGCAGGGCCCGGUGUCCCGCCUCGCCUUCGGGGUGACUUGUCAGUUCUAAGUGAGGAGCGGUCCGGUGUGGUCCUAACCCGUCGGGAGCAGGACGCGUCGUAGCGGUACCUGCCUACGCUGCACCGGCCCUCCGGGUCGGCCCCCCACCCUCUCUUCAUUCACAAAAUCGACCCGGCUCGCCUCGCUCCGGUGGACCCACCAUGUCCGGAGGCGCCGCCGAGAAGCAGAGCGGCACUCCGAGCUCCCUGUUCCUCUCGCCGCCGGCGCCCGCCCCCAAAAAUGGCUCUAGCUCAGACUCCUCGGUCGGGGAGAAGCUGGGCGCGGCGGGGACCGACGCCGGCGCCGGCAGGACUGAGGAGUACCGGCGCCGCCGCCACACCAUGGACAAGGACAGCCGCGGGGCGGCCGCCACCACCACCACCACCGAGCACCGCUUCUUCCGCCGCAGCGUCAUCUGCGACUCCAACGCGACGGCGCUGGAGCUGCCCGGCCUCCCGCUCGCUCUCCCCCAGCCCAGCGCCGCCGCGGCGGUGCCCCGGAGCUCUCCGCCGGAGCCCCAUCGCGAGGAGACCGUGACCGCCACCGCCGCCGCCGCCGAGGUAGCCCAGCAGCCUCCCGCCGCCGUUGCUGCCCCGAGGGAACCCGCUGUCCCGGGCCCAGCAACCACCACGACUGCCCCCAGCACUGUCAGCAAAGACCGCCAAGUUUCCCAGCCCGACCAUGUGGGGAGCAAAGAGGAGCCUCCGGCAUCAGCGAGGAGCGGCAGCGGCGGCAGCAGCGCCAAGGAUUCGCAGGAGGAACGGAGCCAGCAGCAGGAUGACAUCGAAGAGCUGGAGACCAAGGCCGUGGGAAUGUCCAACGACGGCCGCUUUCUCAAGUUUGAUAUAGAAAUUGGCAGAGGCUCCUUUAAGACGGUCUACAAAGGACUGGACACUGAAACCACCGUGGAGGUCGCCUGGUGUGAACUGCAGGAUCGAAAGUUAACAAAGUCUGAGAGACAGAGAUUUAAAGAAGAGGCUGAAAUGUUAAAGGGUCUUCAGCAUCCCAAUAUUGUUCGAUUCUAUGAUUCCUGGGAAUCCACACUAAAAGGAAAGAAGUGCAUUGUUUUGGUGACAGAACUUAUGACAUCUGGAACACUUAAAACAUACCUAAAAAGGUUUAAGGUGAUGAAGAUCAAAGUCCUACGAAGCUGGUGCCGGCAGAUCCUUAAAGGACUUCAGUUUCUUCAUACUCGAACUCCACCUAUUAUUCACCGAGAUCUUAAGUGUGACAACAUCUUUAUCACUGGCCCUACGGGCUCCGUCAAGAUUGGAGACUUAGGUCUGGCAACCCUGAAGCGGGCUUCUUUUGCCAAGAGUGUGAUAGGUACCCCAGAAUUCAUGGCCCCUGAGAUGUAUGAAGAGAAAUAUGAUGAAUCCGUUGAUGUUUAUGCCUUUGGGAUGUGCAUGCUUGAGAUGGCCACAUCUGAAUACCCUUACUCAGAGUGCCAGAAUGCUGCGCAGAUAUACCGUCGUGUGACCAGUGGGGUGAAGCCAGCCAGUUUUGACAAAGUAGCAAUUCCUGAAGUGAAGGAAAUUAUUGAAGGAUGCAUUCGGCAAAACAAAGAUGAAAGAUAUUCUAUCAAAGACCUUUUGAACCAUGCCUUCUUCCAGGAGGAAACAGGGGUACGGGUAGAAUUAGCAGAAGAAGAUGAUGGAGAAAAAAUAGCCAUUAAGUUAUGGCUACGUAUUGAAGAUAUUAAGAAAUUAAAGGGAAAAUACAAAGACAAUGAAGCUAUUGAGUUUUCCUUUGAUUUGGACAGAGAUGUGCCAGAAGAUGUUGCUCAAGAAAUGGUAGAGUCUGGGUAUGUCUGUGAAGGUGAUCACAAGACCAUGGCGAAGGCCAUCAAAGAUAGAGUAUCAUUAAUUAAGAGAAAACGGGAGCAGCGGCAGUUGGUGCGAGAGGAGCAAGAAAAAAGAAAACAGGAAGAGAGCAGUUUCAAACAGCAAGUAGAACAACAAUCAAGUGCUUCCCAGACAGCAAUCAAGCAGCUCCCCUCUGCUAGCACUGGCAUACCUACUGCCUCUACCACUUCAGCUUCAGUUUCUACGCAAGUAGAACCUGAAGAACCUGAGGCAGACCAACAUCAACAACUACAGUACCAACAACCUAGUAUAUCUGUGUUAUCUGACGGGACUGUUGACAGUGGUCAGGGAUCUUCUGUCUUCACAGAAUCUCGAGUGAGCAGCCAACAGACAGUUUCAUAUGGUUCCCAACAUGAGCAGGCACAUUCUACUGGCACAGUCCCAGGGCACACAGCUUCUGUUGGCCAAGCACAAUCUCAGCCCCAUGGGGUGUAUCCACCCUCAAGUAUGCCUCAGUCCAUGGUGCAUCCGUGUGGGGGGAUCCCAACAUACCCAGAAUCACAGAUAUUUUUCCCAACUAUCCAUGAACGUCCAGUUUCUUUUUCACCACCUCCCACCUGUCCACCGAAGGUGGCCAUUUCCCAGCGGCGUAAGAGCACCUCCUUCCUGGAAGCCCAAACUCACCACUUCCAACCCCUGCUGAGGACUGUUGGCCAAACUCUUCUUCCACCUGGUGGCAGCCCAGCUAACUGGACACCAGAGGCCAUAGUUAUGCUGGGUACUACAGCCAGUAGAAUAACUGGAGAGCCAUGUGAGAUACCGGUCAAUCCUUUGUUUGAACCGCCUCAAGUUUACAGUGACUGUAGACCUGGACUAGUACUUUCAGAAGAAGCUCACUGUUUUGUUCCUCAGGAAGCAUUGUAUCUAGCUGGGGUACAGUACCAGGCCCAGGUUGCAGAACAGUGUGAGGGUAUUCCAUACAACUCACCAGUACUGUCAAGUCCUAUGAAACAGAUACCUGAACAGAAGCCAGUACAAGGGGGCCCUACCUCAAGUUCUGUCUUUGAAUUUCCAUCUGGACAGGCUUUCUUGGUAGGACACCUUCAGAAUUUAAAAUUAGAUUCUGGAUUGAGUCCAGGAUCUCCCCUCUCUAGUAUUUCUGCACCUAUCAGUACAGAUGCUACACGUUUGAAAUUUCACCCUGUCUUUGUUCCUCAUUCUGCGCCUGCUGUGUUAACUCAUAACAAUGAGAGCAGAAGCAAUUGUAUAUUUGAAUUUCAUGUUCACAUUCCAAGCUCCUCUUCAGGAGAAGGAGGGGGAGUUUUACCUCAGCGUGCUUACCAAAAUCGACAGGUUGCAAUGGACUUGAAUCAGGAAGAAUCACCUCAAUCAGUUGGAUUACAUGGUCGCCUGCAGCCUGUGACUGAAGAACAGCAUAAUUAUGCCCCAGAAUUGACCGUUUCUGUGAUAGAGCCUAUCGGACAGAACUGGCCAAUAGGAAGCCCAGAAUAUUCCAGUGAUUCCUCACAAAUUACUUCUUCAGACCCCAGUGAUUUUCAAUCACCUCCCCCUACAGGGGGAGCAGCUGCACCUUUUGGCUCUGACGUCUCACUACCCUUUAUCCGUCUGCCUCAGACAGUGUUACAAGAAUCCCCACUCUUCUUCUGUUUCCCCCAAGGAACCACAUCUCAGCAGGUUUUAUCUGCCUCAUAUUCUUCAGGAGGAUCUGCACUCCAUCCACAGGCACAGGGGCAGAGCCAGGGGCAGCCAUCCUCAAGUAUUGUAACAGGGGUUUCAUCUUCCCAACCCAUACAACACUCUCAGCAGGCACAGGGAAUACAGCAGACAGCACCCCCUCAACAGACAGUGCAAUAUUCACUUCCACAGACAACGACCUCCAGUGAGGCCACUACUGCACAGCCCGUGAGUCAGCCUCAGGCUUCACAGGUCUUGCCUCAAGUAUCAGCUGGAAAACAGCUUCCAGUUUCCCAGCCAGUACCAACUAUCCAAGGCGAACCUCAGAUCUCAAUUGCAACACAACCCUCAGUUGUUCCAGUCCAUUCUGGUGCUCAUUUCCUCCCUAUGGGACAGCCACUCCCUGCUUCCUUACUCCCUCAGUACUCUGUCUCUCAAAUUCCUAUCUCUGCUCCUCAUGUGUCUGCGGCUCAGACAGGUUUCUCAACCCUUCCCAUCACAAUUGCAGCUGGCAUUAAUCAGCCUCUGCUCACUUUGGCUUCAUCGGCUACAACAGCUGUGAUCCCAGGGGGAUCAACUGUGGCUUCUAGUCAGCUUCCAACCCUUCUGCAGCCUGUGACUCAGCUGCCAAGUCAGGUUCACCCACAGCUUCUGCAGCCAGCAGUUCAGUCCAUUGGACUACCAGCUAACCUUGGACAAGCUGCUGAGGGUCCACUUCCCUCUGGAGAUGUUCUAUACCAGGGCUUCCCACCUCGAUUACCACUACAAUAUCCAGGAGAUUCAAAUAUUGCUCCUCCUUCCAGCGUGGCUUCUGUUUGCAUCCCUUCUACAGUCUUAUCCCCUCCCAUGUCUACAGAAGCAUUAGCUACACCAGGUUACUUUCCUACAGUGGUGCAGCCUUAUAUGGAAUCAAAUCUUAUAGUUCCUGUGGGCAGUACAGGAGGACAGGUUCAAGUGUCCCAACCAGCAGUGAGUUUAGCACAAGCCCCCACUACAUCCUCCCAGCAAGCAGCUCUGGAGAGUACUCAGGGAGUCUCUCAAGUUGCUCCUCCAGAGCCAGUUCCAAUAGCACAGCCACAACCUACCCAGCCUACCACUUUGGUCUCUUCUAUAGACAGUGCACAUUCAGAUGUUGCUUCAGGUAUGAGUGAUGGCAAUGAGAAUGUCCCAUCAUCCAGUGGAAGGCAUGAAGGGAGAACUGCAAAACGGCAUAAUCGAAAAUCUGUAAGAAGUCGAUCUCGUCAUGAAAAGACUUCUCGCCCAAAAUUGAGAAUUUUGAAUGUUUCAAAUAAAGGAGACCGGGUAGUAGAAUGUCAAUUAGAGACUCAUAAUCGGAAAAUGGUUACAUUCAAAUUUGAUUUAGAUGGUGACAAUCCCGAGGAGAUAGCAACAAUUAUGGUGAACAAUGACUUCAUCCUAGCAGUAGAGAGAGAGUCUUUUGUGGAUCAAGUGCGGGAAAUUAUUGAAAAAGCUGAUGAAAUGCUCAGUGAGGAUGUCAGUGUGGAACCAGAGGGUGACCAGGGAUUGGAGAGUCUACAGGGAAAGGAUGACUAUGGCUUUUCAGGUUCUCAAAAAUUGGAAGGAGAGUUCAAACAACCACUUCCUGCAUCUUCCAUGACACAACAAAUAGGCAUUCCUGCCAGUUCUUUAACUCAAGUUGUUCAUUCUGCUGGAAGACGGUUUAUAGUGAGUCCUGUGCCAGAAAGUCGAUUACGAGAAUCAAAAGUUUUCACCAGUGAAAUAUCAGAUACGGUUGCUCCCUCUACGUCUCAUGGAAUGAACUUGUCUCACUCUGCUUCAUCCCUUAGUCUACAGCAGGCCUUUUCUGAACUUAAAAAUGCCCAGAUGACAGAAGGACCCAAUACAGCACCUCCCAACUUUAGUCAGACAGGACCAACAUUUCCAAUAGUAACUCCUUCCAUGGCUAGCAUUGCUGGAGUCCCCACCACAGCAGCAGCCACAUCUUCAGUAUCAGUCCCUGUAACUAGCUGCCCUCUUAAUGACAUUUCCACAUCAGUAAUUCAGCCUGAGAUUACAGUGCCCAUUGAAAAGGGGAUUACUACCUGCACGAGUGUAACUUCAAGUGAACUCUCUAUACCACCUGUGUCUGAAGAAUCACCAGUACUUUCCAGCGUGGUUUCAGGCAUCACGAUACCUGCAGUUGUCUCAACAUCAGCAACAUCCCAGUCAGUUCUGGCUCCCACAUCUGGGAGUGCUGUUUCUAGUAUAGGUACUUUCCCCUCUAGACCGGUUUCAACAACUUCAGCCUCUGCAGUGAGCAGUGCUGCUGCCCCAGGGGCUAAACUACCACCUGCAUUAUCUCAGCCGUCAGCAGGCAGUACUACUACAGGGGCAGCCACAUUAACCUCAGUUUCUACCACCACUCCAUUCCCAAGCGUAGUUUCACAGCCAUCUCUUCAGCUUAGCAGCAGCACCUCUGCUCCUACUCUAGCUGAGACAGUGGUGGUUAGUGCACACUCACUUGAUAAAAUAUCUCAUAGCAGUACAGCUGGAUUGACUUUGUCCCACUCUGCACCAUCCUCCUCUUCUGCAGGAGCAGUAGUAUCUAGUUCCGUUUCUCAACCUGGUGGGGUGCAUCCUUUGGUCAUUCCCUCAGUUAUAGCUUCUACUCCUGGUCUUCCCCAAGCAGCAGGACCUACUUCUACACCUUUAUUACCCCAAGUACCUACUAUUCCACCUUUGGUACAGCCUGUUGCCAAUGUGCCUGCUGUACAGCAGACACUUAUUCAUAGUCAGCCUCAACCAGCUUUGCUUCCCAACCAGCCUCAUACACACUGUCCUGAAAUAGAUGCUGAUGCACAGCCCAAAGCUCCUGGGAUUGAUGACAUAAAGACUCUAGAGGAAAAGCUGCGAUCUCUCUUUAGUGAACACAGCUCAUCUGGAACUCAACAUGCCUCUGUCUCAUUGGAGACAUCACUAGUAAUAGAAACCAGUGCCACACCAGGAAUUCCAACCACUGCUGUUGCACCCAGCAAACUCAUGACAUCAACUACAAGUACUUGUUUACCACCAACCAGUUUGCCAUUAGGAACAACUGGAUUGCCUGUUAUACCAGUGGUAACACCUGGGCAAGUUUCUACUUCAGUCAGCUAUGUUUCAGCCCCAGUCAGCACUACACCAGGAGUGAAACCUGCAACUGCUCCGUCAAAGCUACCUUUAACUAAGGCUCCAGUUGUGUCAGUGGGUACUGAACUUCUAGCUGGUGUUCCAUCCAGUGAGCAGCCGCCACCUUUUCCAGGACCUUCACUAUCUCAGCAACCUCUGGAAGAUCUUGAUGCUCAAUUGAGAAGAGCACUUAGUCCAGAGACUAUUGCAGUAACAUCUACAGUUGGUCCUGUGUCUGUGGUGCCUCCAACAGCAGUUACAGAAGCAGGAGCACAGCCUCAGAAGGAUGUGCCACAAGUCACUGCAGCUAGUUCAGGAACUGGUGUUUUUAAAACGGGGCGAUUUCAGGUUUCAGUUGCAAUGGAUGAUGCCCAGAAAGAGAGUAAAAAUAAGUUUGAAGGUGCAAAGUCUGUUCAUUUUGAAUCCAGCACUUCAGAAUCCUCAGUGCUAUCGAGUAGUAGUCCAGAGAGUACCCUGGUGAAGCCAGAACCUAAUGGGAUGACCAUCCCUGGUAUCUCCUCAGAUAUGCCAGAUAGUGCCCACAAAACUCCUGCCUCAGAAGCAAAGUCAGAAAUCGGGCAGCCUACCAAGGUCGGACGUUUUCAGGUGACAACUACAGCAAACCAAGUAGGUCGUUUCUCCGUAUCAAGAACUGAAGAUAAGGUCAUGGAGGCAAAGAAAGAGGGACCAAUGGCAUCUCCUCCUUUUAUGGAUUUGGAGCAAGCUGUUCUUCCUGCUGCGAUACCAAAGAAAGGAAAGCCUGAAUUGUCAGAUCCUUCGCAUCUGAAUGGGCCAUCUUCUGACUUGGAGGCUGCCUUCCUAAGUAGGGAUGUGGAUGAUGGUUCAGGUAGUCCACACUCCCCCCCUCAACUGAGCUCGAGGAGCCUUCCUAUCCAAAAUCUAAGUCAGAGCCUUAGUAACUCACUCAACUCCUCUUACAUGAGUAGUGACAAUGAGUCAGAUAUUGAAGAUGAAGACUUAAAGUUAGAGCUGCGACGACUACGAGAAAAACACCUUAAAGAGAUUCAAGAUCUGCAGAGUCGCCAGAAACAUGAAAUUGAAUCUUUGUAUACCAAACUGGGCAAGGUUCCCCCUGCUGUCAUUAUUCCCCCAGCUGCCCCUCUUUCAGGAAGAAGAAGGCGACCCACUAAAAGCAAAGGCAGCAAAUCUAGUCGCAUCAGUUCCUUGGGCAGUAAAAGCCCCCAGCUUUCAGGUAAUUUGUCUGGUCAGAGUGCAGCUUCAGGCUUGCACCCCCAGCAAACCCUCCAACCUCCUGGCAACAUCCCAGAGACUGGGCAAAGUCAGCUGUUACAGCCUCUUAAGCCAUCUCCCUCUAGUGACAACCUCUAUUCAGCCUUCACCAGUGAUGGUGCCAUUUCAGUACCAAGCCUUUCUGCUCCAGGUCAAGGCUGUGCGAAGUUUAACUGUGCAUCUGAGCAGGUGACAUUCAAACCUGGUGGCAGGAGGACCCGAUUUCUGAGUACGCCCUGCUUGGCUCUUUGGAAGAUGGUGAAAAAAGUCUGUCCUUGCAACCAGCUCUGUAGGACCAGCAGCACAAACACUGUUGGGGGAACAGUGAACAGCCAAGCUGCCCAAACACAGCCUCCUGCCAUGACCUCCAGCAGGAAGGGCACAUUCACAGAUGACCUGCACAAGUUGGUGGACAAUUGGGCCCGAGAUGCCAUGAAUCUUUCAGGCAGGAGAGGAAGCAAAGGACAUAUGAAUUACGAGGGCCCUGGAAUGGCAAGGAAGUUCUCUGCACCUGGUCAGCUGUGCAUCUCCAUGACCUCAAACCUGGGUGGCCCUGCCCCCAUCUCUGCAGCAUCAGCUACCUCUCUAGGUCACUUCACCAAGGCUAUGUGCCCCCCACAGCAGUACACUUUCCCAGCUCCUCCCUUUGGCACUCAGUGGAGUGGGACAGGUGGCCCUGCACCACAGCCACUUGGGCAGUUCCAGCCUGUGGGAACUGCCUCCUUACAGAAUUUCAACAUCAGCAAUUUGCAGAAAUCCAUCAGCAACCCCCCAGGUUCCAACCUGCGGACCACUUAGACCUAGAGACAUUAACUGAGUAGAUUUGGGGACAGGAAAGAGUGCUGAUUGGGGGCAGAGGGGUUAGUAGCCUAUAUAUACUAACUACUUGUGCUGCAUUUAACUGAUUAUUUCUUGCCAGAAAGGAAUGUUUUAAAUACUGCUUAGAGCCCUCAAAAUGGAGUCUUCCUCCCCUUCACCAUUAAUUGGAGCGGGACAAGAAGGAAAGAGCAGCUUUCUUGUGGUGGGGUAGCUUCAAUGUGUGCUUUCCUGUUUACCUGUACCCAACAGUGAGGGCUAGGAAAGAGAAGGGCUUUUAUCAGGAAGCUAUUCGAGUGCUCAAGGGAAAACCAAACCCCAUCUGUAUUUUUAAGUGGGUGUAGCUCUUAAUUUUGGCACCCACCCCAAGUCCCUCAUUCUUUCAAGAAUCUAAGCCACAAGACAAAAUAAAGGUAUUGGGUGUUUUCUUACCCUGUCCCCCCACCCACUUCUCCCCUUUCCUUUUUUUCUCUCUUUAGAACCCAUUGAAAAACACCAGAAGAUUGAGGUUGCAGCCCUUUCUUAUGAUAGGUCAUUAGUGCUUUAAGCAAACGAUAUUAGCAGCUUUGACUGCAGCACUAGCAAUUAAGAAAAAAAAGUUCCCUGCGGACAUGUAACUUUGCCAUCAGUUUUGAUGUGGAAACACUGUGAUAUAUAAAUGUUGUUGGACAACAGUAGUUUUAAGAUGAAAAUAUGAAAGGUUUAAAAGGUUGACAAAAAAGCUAGCUCUGUUCUUUACUUAUUGAGACACUUUAACUUUUUCCUUUGUAUUUCCAUUGUAUUAGAUAAAUAAAUGUGAAUGUAAAAUUGUAUAAAUUACUUACUUGAAUACUUCUGUUCUCCCAGUAUUGCUUGCUGGAUAUUUUAGUGCCUUGGACUUCUAUUGCUUUUGCCAUUAGCAUCAACUUCUCAUCAGACCCCAGAUCAGCAAAGGGCAUGUGGGAGGAAAUCUAAGGCCCAGGUGACCCCAGCAGUGGGUCAAGCCAAAGGGAAAUUGAGUGUUCUUGUUAUUUAACAAUUUUGUCUAGAGCAGGUAUGAGAUGAGCAGGGUGAGAAGUUAGUUGACAUCAGUGCUUGAAAGCAGAAAGUUCUGUUUCAGGAAUGGUGAAGAGGGGUGCUGUAAUAAAAUUGGGCAUUUUAAAGGAUUAAAGGAGGCGAAGGACAAGUGAAAGAAAAAGACAAAGGUAUGGGAGAACAAACUUGUUUGAAGAUAUGUGAUGCCAUAGCCUUACUCGGUGAGCUGGGCUUGCACAGACCUAGAACAAAUGGCUAAACAUGGGAAGCGAGAGGGGUUGAUUUUAAAGUUGGGAAACGGGAUAGUGAAGUGUCACAGAUGGAAAAAGUUGCUCUAAGAAAAACCGUUUGGAUUGCUUUCCUCUUGCUGCAAAUAUACCAGGUAUUUCUAAGCUUGGAGUGUUGUAUUUUUGUAGAAAGUGGAACCACAUCUGAAGCAAGCAUUGUGUAGGAAAGAAUCAUAUUCUUCCUGUUUUUCUCCUAUGUCCAAAUGGUUGCAGGAUCAUAAUCUGUUGUGCCACCUUUAUUUCUGCAAUUGCAACUGAUAUUCUCACAUUUCAUUUUAACAAAUAUUCUCCUUAAUAACUGCAACCAACCAGUGUUAUUUAGUGAUAUGCCUAGUUAUAAUGGGCAGUUCUAUCAUUUUCAGAGCUUUCAGGAAAUACUCUCCUAAUUGGCUAACUGGGGGUCUCUAUUAUCUCUGAAGAUGGGGGGAAAGCUAGGACUCUUUAAUUUUUUUGGGUGCUUCUUGUCUUGACUCUUGAGUUGGGAAAUUGACAUAUUUCCAACCUCUUACCCACCUCAAUGGCACAUCCCAGGGAUCACAAUAGGAAGAGCCUCACUGUUGUCCCUUCGUGGCCGUUUCUUUCCAUUAGCCUGGGCCCCGAUGAUGCAAACGAAAGCUGAAGGUUUUAGGAAGGUAGAAAUGAAAAGGGCAGAGGUUCCAAGCCCUCCUUCGAAAUUGUUUACUUAUUCAUUCUCUGCUUAUAAUUCUUAGGGAGAUGGUGAGAGUAAGGAAUAGAAGAAGUUAAUGAGAAAUGGACCACCUAAGACAAAUGAAACAAUACUUUUUACUAGAGAAACAAGCAAGCCAAAUGCAGCACAUUGUUUGUUAUUUUGGUUCAAUAAUUUUGAGAUCUCUUCAUUCACAAAAAAGAAAGAACUGGUUUUAUUUACUGUUGAUUUUUUUUUUUUCCCUUCCUGUGGAUGAAAUAACUGAAGCCUAGAGGAAUCAACUAGCUACUGAAAUGUUUAAAUUAUUUUUGUGUUAAUAGUACACUUUGAGUAUCUUUUCCACAUUAAAAAAUCUUUCUGAAUUAUAAAUGUUUUCCUUACAUUAUUUAACAAUGUAUACUGUUUUUAAAAAAAAUGAAUAAACAAUUCAAACCUUGGGUUUCUCUGCAGCCGUUAAUUGUACAUUUUGCACUAACUUUGGGUGUUGCGCUUCUUGUAAGAUUGCGCUUUGUGCUUCAGUUUGUAACCUUUGUAGACUUAUUUAAUGAAACCAUUCAAAUAAACCAAACUUGCUUUUGAUGA